GUGACGGCCGCGGGCGGAGCUUCGUUCCGCGCAUGCGCAGUACGAGGGAGGAGGCGAGAAGUGGAGGAUGCAGAAGUACGAGAAGCUGGAGAAGAUCGGAGAGGGGACGUACGGCACGGUGUUUAAGGCGAAGAACCGGGAGACUCAUGAGAUUGUGGCCCUGAAGAGAGUGCGCCUGGAUGAUGAUGACGAGGGGGUCCCGAGUUCUGCCCUCCGUGAGAUCUGCCUACUGAAAGAGCUGAAACACAAGAACAUCGUCAGGUUACAUGACGUCCUUCAUAGUGAUAAGAAGCUGACGCUGGUCUUCGAGUUCUGCGAUCAGGACCUGAAGAAGUACUUUGACAGCUGCAAUGGGGACCUGGACCCGGAAAUUGUAAAGUCCUUCAUGUAUCAGCUGCUGAAGGGUCUGGCCUUCUGUCACAGCCGGAAUGUCCUUCACCGAGACCUGAAACCACAGAAUCUGCUCAUCAACAGGAACGGGGAGCUGAAACUUGCAGACUUCGGCCUGGCGAGGGCGUUCGGUAUUCCGGUUCGCUGUUACUCUGCGGAGGUGGUGACACUGUGGUAUCGCCCUCCUGACGUGUUGUUUGGUGCCAAACUUUACUCUACCUCUAUAGACAUGUGGUCAGCCGGCUGUAUCUUUGCAGAGUUGGCGAAUGCCGGGAGGCCGCUCUUCCCCGGGAACGAUGUAGACGAUCAACUGAAGAGGAUCUUCCGAUUACUGGGAACUCCGACUGAAGAGCAGUGGCUGGCCAUGACUAAGCUUCCGGAUUAUAAACCGUACCCCAUGUAUCCGGCUACCACCUCUCUAGUCAACGUUGUGCCCAAACUCAACGCUACCGGUCGGGAUCUACUGCAGAACCUGUUGAAGUGUAAUCCGGUCCAGAGGAUUUCGGCAGAUGAAGCUCUUCAGCAUCCUUACUUCGCCGACUUCUGUCCGCCGUAGCCGACAGGAUCACCCCCCCCCAAUCUUUACACUUCCGCCCCCUCCCCC